CCUGGCGGGUGUGUAACGGCCGUUAGGCGAGCGGAGGGAGGGAACUGCUGCCUGCGGCUGACGUGGUGGCCGCAGUCGGCGUCCCAGGGUGAGGGAUUUCGCCGCCCGCUUUCGGCCCCACUUGGCUCAAAUAACUAUUGAUGGCCAUGCAGGAGAAAUACCCAAGUGAGAGGAUCUCUCAUGUGGCUUCGCCAGGUUCCGGUGUAAUUCAAAAGGGCAGUUCCCUGGGGACUGAAUGGCAGACCCCAGUUAUCUCAGAGGCUUUUCGGAGUCGCUUCAGCCGCUGUUCAAGUGUAGCUGACAGUGGGGACACAGCCAUUGGCACAUCAUGCUCAGACAUUGCAGAGGAUUUUUGUAGCUCAAGUAGCAGCCCUCCUUUCCAGCCCAUCAAAAGCCACAUAACCAUUCCAACAGCCCAUGUGAUACCUUCUACUUUGGGGACCUCUCCUGCCAAGCCAAAUUCUAUACCUUCUGGACCCUCUUCCUCCAAACUCCCUUUAUCAGGGCUGGCUGAAGGUGUGGGGAUGACAAGAAAUGGAGACCUUGGUGCAAUGAAACGUUCUCCAGGCCUAUCUAGAGAUUUCAUGUAUCUCUGUGGUGCUACCGGAGAAAAUGGAAUUGAGCAGUCCUGGUUUCCAGCAGUGGGCCAUGAAAGAGAAGAAGAGGUGAGGAAGUUUGAUAUUCCCAGUAUGGAGUCUACCCUUAAUCAGUCGGCAGUGAUGGAGACAUUUUAUUCAGAUCCCCACUACCAAGUCCACUUCCACAACCCAAGAGCCGACACAAACAAGGAGUUAUACAAAGUGUUGCCUGAGACCAAGAAGGCACCGGGCAGUGGGGUGGUAUGUGAGCGGAAUGGACCUCACCCUAACAGCAGUGGAGUGCUCCCUUUGGGACUCCAGCCUGCUCCUGGCUUCUCCAAGCCUAUACCCUCUCAGGUAUGGCAGCCGAACCCUGACCCUUGGCAUCCCCGUGAGCGAUCUUGUGAGCUCAGCACGUGUCGACAGCAGCUGGAGUUGAUCCGUUUACAGAUGGAGCAAAUGCAGCUUCAGAAUGGAGCCGUCUGCCACCAUCCCGCUGCUUUUGCUCCUCCACUGCCCACAUUAGAACCAGCACAAUGGAUCAGCAUCUUGAACAGUAAUGAACACCUUCUGAAGGAAAAGGAGCUCCUCAUUGACAAGCAAAGGAAGCACAUUUCUCAGCUGGAGCAGAAAGUACGAGAGAGUGAACUACAAGUCCACAGUGCCCUUUUGGGCCGCCCUGCCCCCUUCGGGGAUGUCUGCUUGCUGAGGCUGCAGGAAUUGCAGCGAGAGAACACUUUCUUACGUGCACAGUUUGCACAGAAGACAGAAGCCCUAAGCAAAGAAAAGAUGGAGCUUGAAAAGAAACUCUCUGCUUCAGAAGUUGAAAUCCAGCUCAUCAGAGAAUCACUCAAAGUGGCAUUGCAGAAGCACUCAGAGGAGGGGAAGAAACAGGAAGAAAGGGUCAAGGGUCGUGAUAAACAUAUCAAUAAUUUGAAAAAGAAAUGUCAGAAGGAAUCAGAGCAGAACCGGGAGAAGCAGCAGCGUAUUGAGACCUUGGAGCGUUACCUGGCUGACCUGCCCACCCUGGAAGAUCAUCAGAAGCAGAGCCAGCAGCUUAAGGAUUCUGAAUUGAAGAGUACAGAGCUGCAGGAGAGAGUAACCGAGCUGGAGAGUUUGCUGGAGGAAACCCAGGCAGCCUGCAGAGAGAAGGAGGGUCAACUGGAAAGCCUGAGACAGAGAGGAGCAGAAUUCUCCAGUAGACAUAGCCUGCAAGAUAAGCAGUGUGUGGAGGAGGCCAGUGGAGAAGGUCCAGCCCAACAGGGAGAAGGUCCAAAAGUGGAAAUGGAGUCCUGGCAGAAAGAAUGUGAUUCCCUCCGAAAGAUUGUGGAGAAGCAACAACAGAAGAUGGAUCAGCUGCGUUCACAAGUACAGAGCCUAGAGCAGGAGGUGGCUCAGGAAGAAGGAGCAAGCCAGGCCCUGAAAGAGGAGGCCCAGCGGAGGGAGACAGCCCUGCAGCAGCUUCGCACAGCUGUGAAAGAGCUUUCAGUACAGAACCAGGACCUGAUCGAGAAGAAUCUGACACUCCAGGAACACCUGCGUCAAGCCCAACCAGGGUCUCCAUCUUCACCAGAUACAGCCCAGCUGGCAUUUGAACUGCACCAGGAGUUGGCCACUUGCCUUCAAGAUCUGCAGGCUGUCUGUAGCAUUGUGACCCAGAGGGCCCAGGGCCAUGACCCCAAUCUCUCCCUGCUCCUGGGCAUUCACUCUGCACAGCACCCAGGGAUUCAACUAGAUUUGCAGAAGCCAGAUGUGAUCAGGAGGAAACUAGAAGAGGUUCAACAGCUGCGCCGUGACAUCGAGGACUUAAGGACCACCAUGUCAGACAGAUAUGCCCAGGAUAUGGGAGAAAACUGUGUCACUCAGUGAGGAAUGCUGGGGGUGGCAUAGACUCCGUUUCCCCAGGGAAGAUCUGGUCUGCUGAGAGCCCAGUCUUGCAGGUCCUGCCCUGACAAUCUCUUGCCUCCUAUUUGCUGCUAUUCCCAGAGAGAAGGGAUGGAGGGGGGUAAGAACCUGCAUCUGGGGCCAAGGGCUGAUUAAGGAACUGUGCCUGCCCUGCCCCACACUGGCUUUGCCUUGUUGGAUUGCAUUUGUCCUGUCAUACUGAUUUACCCUUUGAGGGUGAGUUACUAAUUAACUUUUGCAGGUUAACUGAUAAGUCCUCACAGACUGUUCCCAGCCCCAGGCUGACGUCAAAGGUAAACAGGCUGCUCACUUCCCUUUUCCAUCCUCUGGAUGGAUCCACGUUCAUUCCCACUCCAUACUUUGGUCCUGCUGAUGUCCACUGGAAAGGCUGAGUACCAGUCACAGUGGCCAUGUGAGAAUUCUCAGACCAGUCGGCUAGCCUGCCUGGGAUCUAAGUUGGCUUUCGGGGUAUUCUUUGGCCUGGUCCCACUGCUGCUUCCUCAGGACUCUUGUUCUCACAGAUGCCUCAGGGUGAUCUGUUUAUUAGCAAAGCACCCACUAGAAUUGGCCUAGGGAUUGUAUCCAGGUCUCCUUAAUCUGAGCUGUCAUGCCAUUUUACAGGAUACCCCAUUCUCCAGCUGCUCUGUCCCAUGGGGCCCUGGCCAUGUGGUUAGCACAGCUCCCUUCUCCUUUGUUCUCAGGCCAUCCAGGUAGCCCCCUUGUAAACUCUUCUCUAUGGUUCUGGGUUUGGGCAGGAUUUUCCCUCAUAUUGCCACAGGGCAACUGUCAAGCUACUCACCUCCUCCUCCUGGGGCUGAGGCCAGAGCCCAGUCCUGAUUUGUGCCUCUCUUUUGUUUAGGGGCAGGGUCUUUUCCCUUUAUUGCUCUGGGGCCCCUUUGAAAGUUCAGAGUACCCGGUAUAGCUUGGCUCUAAGUUCUAGCUUUCCGUAUUUGGUGGGUUUUGUUUCUCUGGGGCCUUUGGGGACCCUGUGCUUUCUAUUUUCUCUUGCCUCCUCAUGUAUGGAGCAUCUCAGAACACAAUUGUUUGUAUCCGGUUGUUGGGCUGGCCCCAGGCCUCCUCUAGAUCUGGAGCCAGGCCAAGCCAAGGCUUUGUAAGGGUAUGGAGGAGCACUGAGCAGUUCAGAGCCAGCCACUGAGUUUGUUGCUAAGCUUUGAGCUGUCAGAGAAGCAUCCUGGACCUCAUUCUUGGGUCUGAAUGAGACUCGUUAAGUGUUUUUACAAUUUUGUGUCUUAUUUAUGGAGUGAUGUAUCCCUUCCAUUCAGAGCAGCCCCACCCAGCCAUCCCCUCAGCCUCUGGGCUCCUUCCUGCCUCCUAAAAGCAGAGCUGCCUGGUUGGUCUCCACCCUGUGUUGGGAGCCCAGCCACCAUGCUCACGGGUAUUUUUCCUCAAAGUUUAUAAGCAGUUAUUUAUAUGAAUCCUUGUUAUGUCAACUGGUUUGUAUUGCCUAUUUUGAUUACAAAAUAAAAUAUUUAACAAACUCCUCAGUUUUCUAUCACCAUUAUCACCAUCCCUUACUCCACCCCUCAUUUUGCCUUAUUGGAGCCAAGGCCCGGGUGUUUAGCCAAGUUCCCCAGACAGCAGCAAGGAGGGACCUUUGGCAGGUCCAGGUCUGUUUCUACCACUUCCGCUCCUCUGGUGUUCUCUAUGGGGACAAAUAAGAUCUCUUCUGACACUACUUUCUAUUGGGUGAAGCUGCCCUGAGUCAUUGAGCAAGUCUGUCGUCGUUGGAAAGAGUUUCAGUAAGUCUCUGAGAGGAAGUCUGCUUCUAGGUUGCUGUGAGGAAGUGGCUUCCCUGGAGCCAGGCAGGGCCCUGUUUGCCUCACGGAGCUAAGAGCAGGAAGGAAACCGCUCCCGAGCGCGGCGGCGUCGUCUCCAGGCCGUGCGGCUGCCGCUACAGCCAGCCAUCCGUCCGCUUGUCGGCUUGCCAGUCCACCCGCAGCAUGAGCGGCCUGCGCGUCUACAGCACGUCGGUCACCGGCUCCCGCGAAGACUAUGAGCUUUUCGUGGAGGCUGUGGAACAAAACACACUGCAGGAGUUCCUGAAACUGGCCUGAGCCCACCGGACUCCAUCACCACGUCCCCCUGCAGCCACCGCCGGCCAUGAAGGACCUUGUGACCAACUCCCUGUCAUUCCUAGCCUUCCGACCUUGGAAUCUCUCCCCGCAACCCAAGCCCCCCUCCUCCCCCUCUCUAAUUUAGCCCCCUCUUCUCCCAUUCAAAGGCAACAUUCCUUACCCACUAGCCUCAGAAAUUGUCUUAAGCAACAGCCCAAGUGCUGGCUGUUGUCAGCCAGGCCCUGAGGCUGCCACCCUGCCUGGCACUGGCUGAUGGGCACCUUUGUGGGUUCCAUUAGCCAGGGCUCUGCCAAAGGCCCCGCAUUCCUUGUCCCCUAGAGACAAUUAAAUGUCCCAUUCCACUGA